AGCUAACGCAGCAUAAUUACUCCAGGCUGCUUGGUUACCUUCCAAACAAAGCUGCUGAUUUGUGGAGCUAAAAGAAGAGGAGGGGAAAAGCGAGAGAGCGACGGAGAGAAAAGACGAGGGGUGGAGGAUUGAAAGAGAUGAGGGGAGUGAUUGCGCCGUGCCACACACACUUGAAGCUCAGUCUCCCUUGGAGACAGUGGCAGCGCUGGAUCACGGCGUGACAGUGCAACAGUAGAGUCUCCACUUCACUGCACUUCCCACUGAGCUAUCUCCACUGAGCUGUGUCACUAUCCAGACAGACAGAGAGUCAGAGCACCAGUAACAGUGAGCGCGCUGGGCUGGAGAGGAACAGAGAGUCAGGACUGGAGUGCCUGCAAGAAGACAGAAGAGUUUGACAGAGAUCCGGGAGGAGGGGUGGGGAGAGGGCAAUCAAGAGCGUGAAGAAGAAACGGAGGAGUUGGGAGUCUGAGGAUGCGCGGCACUAGCAGGAGGAGCUGCUGAGUGUGCAGCAGCCCGGGCACUCUUACUCUCUCUCACACACACACACACACACACACACACACACACACACACACAUAUACUUACUUCCCAGGGAAGGACAGUGUGUUGUGCCCCCAGUGGAGGAUGAAGAAGCACUCAGCCCGAGUGGCUCCUCUCAGCUCGUACAGCACUCAGGUCCUGACCUGCCCCAUCUCUGAAGGAGAGGAUGGUUCAGAGUCUCAUGCAGAGACACCGGGCAGCGAGACCAGCGAAGAGAGCCGGUCCUAUCAGACAUGUACCAACACAGCUCUGAAGGUGCUGGGCGGCCUGCUGCUGGUGCUGUGUGUCUCCUCCUCCUGGGUGGGUACCACUCAGGUGGUUAAGCUGACCUUCCAGUCGUUCUCCUGUCCCUUCUUCAUCUCCUGGUUCAGCAGCAACUGGAACAUCCUCUUCUUCCCCAUCUACUACUCCGGACUUGUGGUUACCACUCGGGAGAAGCAGACUCCCAUACAGAAAUUCAGGGAGUGCAGCAAGCUCUUUGGGGAGGAUGGGAUGACUCUCAAGCUUUUCGUAAAGAGAACGGCGCCCUUCUCAAUCCUGUGGACACUGACCAACUACCUGUACCUCAUGGCCUUGAAGAAACUGACCGCCACUGAUGUCUCUGCCCUCUACUGCUGCCACAAGGCAUUCGUCUUUCUCCUGUCCUGGAUUGUUCUCAAGGACCGUUUCAUGGGUGUUCGGAUUGUGGCAGCCAUUAUGGCCAUCACAGGUAUUGUCAUGAUGGCUUACGCUGACGGUUUCCAUGGGGAUUCCUUUGUGGGCGUGGCAUUGGCUGUCGGCUCGGCCUCCACAUCAGCCCUCUACAAGGUGCUGUUCAAGAUGUUCUUGGGGAGUGCUAACCUCGGAGAAGUGGCUCAUUUCCUUUCCACCAUGGGCUUCUUCAACCUCAUCUUCAUCUCCUGUGUGCCCCUGAUCCUUUACUUCACCAAGGUGGAGCACUGGGGCUCACUGUCCUCACUGCCCUGGGGAUACCUGUGUGGACUGGCAGGACUGUGGCUGGUGUUCAACAUCUUGGUCCAUGUUGGUGUGGUGCUGACGUACCCCAUUCUCAUCUCCAUAGGGACACUCCUCAGUGUUCCGGGCAAUGCAGCCGUAGAUGUUUUGAAACAUGAGGUGAUCUUCAGUGUGGUGCGCCUGGCAGCCACCUGCAUCAUCUGCCUGGGCUUCUUGCUCCUGCUGCUGCCAGAGGAGUGGGACUCAGUCACUCUGCGUUUCCUGGCCAACAUUGCAGACAAGAAGCCGGAAGAACACGGCGAGGAGCUCACAGAAACCAGCGUCAACACUCGAAGCCGCAGUCGAGCAAACGGCACUGUCUCCAUUCCCUUGGCAUGACAUAGAUGAGCUUUGCUAGUAGCCUCUGCUAACCAGUCUUAAAGCCCUGUCUGCUCAUGAUCCUCCAUUGCCCACCACAGGAGGUGUGGCGGGAUGUUUGGUCCACAUGGACUCUCUAUCAGGAAGACAGGAAGUGAUGUCGUGAACUUCACUCUGGAGAUGCAUCUCUGCCUCCAUCACUUCACUACAGGAGGGGGGAAAGGAGAUCAUUCAUGGAAUUUGCUAGUUGAAAAGGUGGAAAGUGUUCAUUACUUUCUUGAAAUACUUUCCACGCUCAGUCCUGUCCCUCGCACGCACCCAAACCAAGAGCUGACUGGCCUCCCUUGACCUGCUCUGCGGACUGUAUUCUGUGAAUAUGAAUAUUGGCAGGGCCAAUUUGGCUCAAUCUUAUAUGUAUUUAUGAUAUUUAUUUAGAGCUGUAUCAAUAAGAGUAUUAUUUUCAGUCUUAUUGAAUAGCAUUAUAUACAAGAAUGACAAUUAUAUUAUGCGUAAUGUACAGGCUCUUUUGGUUUUAUAAUAAAAGACUUAAAACUCAAAUUAGCAGUGUAGUACUUGUAGUACUGAGUUUUCUAACAAUAUGUUGGAACAUCUUUAGAUUUCUCAGUAAUUUCUGUGUUGCCUAAAUCAGCACUGACAAGGAUGCAUACAAUGCUAAUGAUGCCUUUAAAGCUUCACAAAAUAUAUUACCAUUACAAGUUUGUAUUAUUAUUUACUUUUACAAUUAUUACUAUUAUAAUAAUAAUUAUUAUUAAUGCUGUUUGUUAUCUGUUUGGUCAGGGUGGACUUGGACUCAUGGCCUCAGUAUUUCUAAAAUCCUUUUCUAUGGCCCCGCUUGCAUUUCGUUCCAUUUGAAUUCGCUCUCCAACAUGAAAUCAUGCCAAACGCCUAAUGUUAGUCAAGACAUAUAUUUUAAUGUUACAGUAGGUUUAAGGCGUGAUCACCAUUUUUUCGUAAGUGAAACUGUGGAAACAGUCUUAUAAGACUGUAUGAGAGCCAAACUAUUGUUUCAACCAUUUGUAUCAUGACCAGAUAUUUUUAGCAGAACUGAGCGGUGUGGUUCAUACAAUAUUAGUAAUCUGUUUAAGUGCAUUGCAUUGAUUUAGCAGCGAUGACUUUACAGAAUUCUCUUUGCUAUAAUAUAUUAUGCAAUGCUUUUCUGUGCUGCACUUAGCUGUCACUUACUGACGCACAUACACACCCACACACUGCAAACUGAAGAAGAUUGAGAAUGAUUGUUUAUACUAUAAUUUAUCCUCUUUCACAUAUACACACAAUCUGUGGUAAUAGUGCGUAGCCUACCUAUCUGCCCGGCAAUUUUAAAAAAGCCCAUGGGACAUGUUUUGCCUGUAGAGCAUAACACUGUGAUAGGCACUCGUAAAAAUGACUUUCUAGUGUCACAUACCAUGGUGGCAAAAUUACAUUUUAGUUCAAAUAGUGCUAUUGAGAUGAUGAGGGGUGUCAGGAGAAUAGUUUCUCAGUCUUUCUGCAUCACUCUUACACACACACAUGUACACACACUCCCAAGAGUCUAACACCACAGUGCCAUUAUGGUUGUUGGAGUGCAGUCAGUGAGUUGAGACCUCUAAUGAAGCAUUUGCCGAUGUGACACUUUCAGCUUAACAACUGCUACUGUAGACGUAGCAGAGGAAUGUGUAAUGUUCAAAUCUUAAUUGCAUGAUAGAGUAGUUCUGCUGGAUGCUGAAAAGCAAGGGCAGAAUUUACGGGGGGGGGGGGGAGGGGCGACUCACAGGAUUUGUCCCCCCCACGCUUUUUCAGAGGGCAGUAUUGGAUCCCUUCACUUUUUACAGUCCGAAACGUACCGUUUUAUUU